CCUAUCUUAUGGCAUUCAUCGGCAUGUCUUAAAUGCGGCCAAUCUGUCCCCCCUGCUCCGCAGCGUGCGGGGGGCGCUGUUCCCCAACAACAUGCCCGCCGGCAAGCCCGCGCUGGUCGCUCCCUCUUCCGAUGCCGAGCUCCGCGCCCUCAGGCGCAGGUGCGCUAGCGCGCUUUGGGCCCUGGUUCCGAAAAGAAUCGGAAGGCUGUACUUUGGCGGUGGCCUACUAUUGCGAGCUAUUCCCGUUUGGAGAAGGACAAUGGAGAAUACGGAAGGAUAUGCAGAGCUGAAGGCGGCUGGCAGCAACAGCAGCAACAGCAAGAAGAAGGAGACAACGAAGCGUGACAACGGCAACGACAGUGCCAAGCGAGACUAUCCGGACAGGGGUUCACUGUCAUCAUCGUUGUUGAUGAGAGAGGUCGAGCCUGCGGCGGCGGCACAAGCGGCGCAGGUGGAACCAAUGCAAGCGCGAGGUCGACAGGAAGGGACAAGAUCGGAGUCUCAGUCAGGGUCGUCAGCAGCGCCGCCAAGACCCCACUCCCCGUCCUGGCGGUCCGCUCCCGCUCCGAGGCCGAAGACCGGCGGUCAGGGUCCCCUCGAUGAUUCUGCUAGCGCUGGCGCUGAUCCCCCGCCGCCGCCGCCGCCGCCGAAUCCCGCUAACAUUGUUAUUAGCCCGUUUGGCGAGGAUGGUGAUGGUGUUGAUGACGAUACAGAUGCAGAUGCAGAUGCAGAGGACGAGGUGAUCCUGGAGGAGAUUGAGCGAACCAUCCUGGACGUCUUUUCGGAUGCGUACUGCAACAAACACCUCGUGUACAGCAUCCUGGAGCUGAUCCUUGUGCGCUUGCUGCCCGAGUUGACAGAGAAGAGGGUUUGGGAGCUCUGGGAGGAGAGGGUUCCUGUUGAGGUUUAGUUUGCUAGCUCAUCAUGGUGAUAUACUCGUAGGAUAUAUGAUGUUGCUCAUGAUUCCAUGUUUCACUUUGGUACAUAGAUUAUUAUUACCUAGAGAUCUCGUACAUACGUACUCCGUACUGUGGUGGUCUUUCGGAGACUCAGAAGGCCGCAUCGACCUGUGAUUUGCUGCGAGUCCGACGCCGAGAGAGAGAGCUAAACGGGCUAGGUGUGAUCUCGUUGAGGGCUUGCCAGUAGUCGCAUGUCUUCAGCGAGGAGAUAGCAAAGAACGGCUAUAGACGCCUCCCUCGCUCAAGGCAAA